CAGCAGUGAGCACAUGACGAGGGUGUAUUGUCUAAACAGGUUCCCGGGCUGCUGUGCAGCUUUUAUUCAAAAAUCACCAUUCUGGAGAGCUGAUCCGAUCGGGAUCACCACAGCAGCUUUAAUGCUGGAGUGAAGGUAACUGGACCAGUUAUGGCUCAUGGAAAGAGGCCGGGACCUAUUUCUAAAAUAUUGGUUCCAAGUUCUCAGUUGUGUGCCGAUCCAGUAGUCACUAAGGUGAACCAAGAGGAGCACAGAGGACUGGUGAGGGAGUCACGGUGCACCUUAAAAGAUGAUAAUGACGACAGGCUGACUCCUCCUGUUCCUGGUAACCAGCUUUUCAGGAGUUGUGAUCCAGGUCCCGAGGACAUGGAGGACACGUGCUCUGAGUACGACAAUGUGGGAUCUGACGUGGAGCAAAAUUGUGAUGAAGUGCUGCAUUUAAGCAGAGAGGGUGUAGUGAAUGUGAGGAACUUCAAUCAGUACUGUCCCGAGAACAGCAGCUACAUAAAGCCGGCAGAGGCUGAUAUUAUUAAUGAGCGCUGCAGUGCUGCUGAGCAGGUCACUCAAAGGCCACAUCACGCCACAGAAAUAUGCAAGGGAUCCCACAAAGAUACCAAGCCUCUGAAGACAAAUCGCCGAUUUAGUUCACACCAUCCUACUGAGGAAGAGGUACUAGGAGAGAUGGAGUCGGUCCAGGAGAACAGGUAUUUCCUCAGUGACACAGAUGACAUUGAAGAGGUUCUAGACGGAGCGAGAUUCAUAGAGGACUUAGAAGAGACAGGGCAAAGUCUUCCUAAACAGAGUAGCCUUUAUCAAGAUAAUGAAAGUGAAAGAUUCAGAAAGGCAGGCCAUGACGGGGAAAGAGAAGGGUUUGCUCGAAAUAUGAGAAACAGAAAUGUCCCAGGAACCAGUAAGAAGGUAGGGGGUGAGUCACCUCACAUGGCUUCCAAAGAAAAGGAGAGGCACGCUAAAGGACGAGGGAGGAGGGGAGCAGGCGAGAACACUGAGCAGAUCGUUUCUGGGAUCAAAGGAUACACCAUCAACAGCGUUGAGCAUCGUCCUAAGAUGUCAACGAAAGACUGCAAAAAGACUGCUGCACGGACCAAAGCAAGAUACACUUCCAGUAAGCAACAUCCUCCUCCACCGCCUCAUCACUCCCACGCUCAUUCGCAUGUAAGCACCCAGAGGGCCCAACUUCAAAGAGAAACUACGCCUCCUCCAACGCCUAGUCCCAUUGCUAACAGUCAGGAGAGCAAUCACCAUUUCAUCAAACCAACGCCGGACCCUCAUCACACACCAGAGCACCAGAGGGAGCCAACAGAGGAACCAACAGAGGACACACCAGAGGAGAUGCUGGAAAACCCCCAGCACGUGACCACGACAAAGCAGGUUGAGGAGCAAAGCACAGCCGUGAUGCCCGAGGACACACCAGCACAGCAGAGGACGCCUCAGUGUCCAGAAGCUGACCCAGCAGAGGACAACACGCCCAAGAAAACCCAGGAAACUGCUGCUUUCCCCAGCUUUGAGGAUGUUCCAGGUCCAUGUGAGCCAGAGGACCUUAUUGACGGGAUCAUCUUUGCCGCUAACUUCCUUGGUUGCACUCAGGUGAUGUCCGAUAAAAAUCCAACAAAGUCUGUCCGCAUGUCCCAGGCCCAGGAAGCUGUCAGCCGUAUCAAGAGCCAAGAUGAAGACUCUCAAAUGGUGACUGAAGUGGAUUUAUUUAUCUCUACUAAAGCUGUCAAAGUGCUGAACGCUGACACACAGGAGACAAUGAUGGACAGUGCCUUGCGUACCAUUUCCUACAUCGCAGACAUUGGCAGUAUUGUGGUUCUGAUGGCACGGAGACGCGUGUCUCAGGCAACAUCAGAGGAUUUCUCUGACUCUCCUGUUUCUACCAGCGAAGGGAAAAGUCAGUACAGGAUGAUCUGUUACGUCUUUGAAUCAGAGGAUGCACAACUCAUUGCACAGUCCAUUGGUCAGGCUUUUAGUGUGGCCUACCGGGAGUUCCUCCGAGCCAAUGGAAUCAACCCGACAGACCUGAGCCACAGACAAUACAGUGACAUCAUCAAUUCCCAAGAAAUGUACCAUGACGACCUUAUCCAUUUCUCAAACUCAGACAACUGUAAAGAGCUGUAUGUGGAGAAGCAGAAGGGGGAGAACCUUGGUGUGGUGAUAGUGGAGUCCGGCUGGGGAUCUAUUCUGCCCACUGUCAUUCUGGCCAACAUGCUGAACAGCGGCCCUGCAGCCCGCUCUGGGAAACUGAGUGUUGGAGACCAGAUCAUGUCCAUCAAUGACACCAGCCUGGUUGGGCUACCACUGACCACGUGUCAAGGCAUCAUCAAGGGUUUGAAGAAUCAGGUGAAAGUAAAGCUGAGCAUUGUGAGCUGUCCUCCUGUCACCACUGUCCUCAUCAAGAGACCUGAUCUCAAAUUCCAGCUUGGCUUCAGCGUUCAGAAUGGCAUUAUCUGCAGUCUGAUGAGGGGUGGCAUCGCUGAACGAGGUGGCGUUCGAGUCGGACACAGAAUCAUUGAGAUAAAUGGUCAGAGUGUGGUUGCCAUGGCACAUGAGAAGAUUGUACAGACUCUGUCCAUCUCAGUGGGCGAGAUCAACAUGAAGACAAUGCCCGCUGUGAUGUUCAGACUGCUGACAGGACAGGAGACUCCUGUCUACAUAUAGACACCAAGUGUGGAGCUGCAUGUCUGGCUGUGCAGAAACGAUGAACAGAUGAUUGCUGGAUGGAAUGAAAAGUUAUUUUUCUAUCAUUUUAUUUCUGGCCUCUUGUUGCUAUGCUGUCUUAAACAAAACAGUAUUCAUUCAUAAUGACCUUACAAUGUGAAUACUCUGUGUGUAGUUGUGUAUGUGAGUGUCUGGUGUUGAAGAGAAGUAGCUUUUAAGGUCAUGAUUAUUUUCUUAAGAGAUAAAUUGGUACAUUUAUUUUUUAUUUAGCCAUUUUUAUAACGUGUACGAGUUUAAAAUGUACUUCUACUGUAAACACUUUGGAUUACUCAAGGACUUGAUUGGAAAGGCCAUAUUACUCCUACAGUAUAUGCAUGUUAUUACAAAGAAUUGCUGAAAAGCAGUGAUGGACACAGUUCAGCUAAUCAGCUAACAGCUAAUUAGCAAA